AAACGUGACCGAGUAGCUGUACGUAGAAAGUGGACCCGUUGACAGUUUGUUGAAGAAUCAGGAAAGGAACAGACAAGGAACCCAAGACCGACAGCCAGGGAAGAAGCUUGACGGAGAAGGAGUCGAAGCGGCAAGCAAUCGGAAAACCUCCUCAUCUAUUUGCAUUGCGAAUUGUAAUCUAUUUGCUUUUCACUUCUCCAACGCUUCCCCAGAAUCGGAAUUUGAGAUUGUUUCUAUCACUAGGUGCUUCAUGUAUGACAAAGUGUAAAUACAACAUUCGACCUGAAGAUCAUGGAUUUCCUAGUUGGAGCUUUCAAGCCACCAUGUAAUGUUUCAAUCUCAUUUGUUGACACAAAAACUCGCAAACAGGUUCCGUUGAAGAAGGACAAUGGCCAAACCAUCAUGGUUCCUCUCUUCCAAAGUCAAGAAAACAUCAUUGGGGAGGUUCUUAUAGAACCAACUCAAGGGAAGAAAUUUGAACAUAAUGGUGUUAAAAUUGAGCUCCUUGGCCAAAUAGUAGUUUUGGUCAUUGGAGGGCUAUCCCAUUAUACAUGGCCUGACAGUAUUCUUGCCUCAUCUGUUUUGUUUUCCUCUGUUGCAGAGCUAUAUUUUGACAGAGGAAAUUUUUAUGAUUUUACAUCUCUUGUGCGUGAACUUGAUGUUCCUGGUGAAUUGUUUGAAAGGAAAACAUACCAAUUUGAAUUUUCUACUGUUGAGAUGCCGCAUGAAUCAUACAAUGGAAUCAAUGUUAGGCUAAGGUAUAUUUUGAAAGUGACAAUUGGUCGAAAUUAUAUCAGCAACAUUGUGGAGUGCCAGGAUUUUGUGGUUCGCAACUUCACUCCACCUCCAUCAAUCAAUAACAGCAUCAAGAUGGAGGUUGGAAUUGAGGACUGUCUACACAUUGAAUUUGAGUAUGGUAAAAGCAAGUAUCACCUAAAGGAUGUCAUCAUUGGCAAAAUAUAUUUUCUUUUGGUGAGAAUCAAGAUUAAAAAUAUGGAGCUCGAGAUUAGGCGUCGGGAGUCAACUGGAUCGGGGCCCAAUACAUAUGUUGAAACCGAGACCCUGGCAAAAUUCGAGUUGAUGGAUGGUGCUCCUGUCAGAGGAGAAUCUAUUCCAGUCAGACUUUUCCUCAGUCCAUAUGAACUGACACCGACAUAUCGCAACAUCAACAACAAAUUUAGUGUGAAAUACUACUUGAAUCUUGUUUUUGUGGACGAAGAAGAUCGGAGGUAUUUCAAGCAGCAAGAAAUCACAGUCUAUCGGUUACUUGAAAGUUAAACUAAUUCAAUUUUGAGCUCAGAUAUUCCACCGUGUGAAAGAGGCAGCACACUAUGGCUUCAUCUAGUGGGAUUCUUGUUUGGUUCGUUUCAGGAAUUGGUGGAUUCAUCUUCAUGAGCUACUCCUGUGACUUGCAAUUUUAACGAGGAUGCUGUUUGGCUUUGCUUUUUCUUUAUAAUCAAACACAUGAAAUGACAGCAUUAACUCCAAAAUCUUGGCUUCUUUUGCUUUGUCUAAUAUAAAUAUUUUUGAGUUUGGGUCAUAGAUUUGUGAUUUACAUUGCCAUUGUAUCAUUUCAUUUUUCAAUUUAAAUAUAUGGAGCCCCUUUGUGUA